AUGAUGGACUUAUUCCCAGACCAAAAAGAGUGUGACCAAGUAUUAAUGGAAGUUACUAGUGAUGAUGUAGCAGCAACAUGUGUAGAAGACUUAAAAUUUAUUGACUGGAAAUGUAUUGUUGGAAAAUUAACAGUUAAACAAAGAAAUAUUAUUGCAGCAAAAAUAAAAGAAGUAUCCACUGCACAAAGAAGACAAACAGAAGUACUAAAAAUGACAGGUAAUGUUAUUAAAAUGAAUCUAUUUAAACCACCAAAAUUUGCAUAUUCUAUGGAUUAUAGAUAUUGGACUGUAGAACAAACUUCUGCAUUUAUGAUUAAAACAGGUGUUCCAAAGACAGCUGCAUAUGCAGUAAAAGAUUUAGAUGGUAUUAAAUUAGUAAACUUUGAUGAAAAGAAAUUAGGGUGGUUUGAAGGAUUUAAAAUUAAAGGAGAGGUAUUAGAAAAAAUUCAUACAGCUGGGACUAUUGCACAAAAAGAAUUUGCUGCAACAGUUAUUACUCGUGCAGCAAGACAAUUUGAAUUUAGAAAAAUGAAUAAAUUGUAUGCAUAUAGGACUAAUGUUGCACAAGAAUUAUUAUCUACGGAAGAAAGUUACGUUCAACAACUAAAUUUAAUAGUUAAAUUAUUUGCUGAACCAGUCAUGACAAAACAAUUAAUUACAAUGGACCAAUAUAAAAAAAUAUUUAGUGAUAUUCAAAUGAUUCUUUCUGUUAAUGAACAAUUUCUUCAAUCAUUUCAAAAAGUUAUUUCUCAAUGGAAUAGUGAAUCCAAAAUUGGUGGACUCUUUAUUAAAUUAGCCCCAUUCUUAAAAAUUUAUGGAGAGUAUUGUAAAAAUUAUCCAGAAGCUUUAAAAGUAUUAAAAGAACUUGGAAGUGGUCAUGAAUUUUUCAAAUUUUAUUAUUCACAAAUAAGAAAUAAUGCACCUGAUGAAUAUAAAAAUUUUGAAUUAACAUCAUUCUUAAUUACACCAAUUCAAAGAAUUCCAAGAUAUAAAUUAUUAUUAAAUGAUCUUCUUAAACACACACCACAAAAUCAUCCAGAUUUUAAAGACUUAUCAAAUGGAUUUAAUAUUGUUUCUCAAGUAGCAAUAAGUGUUAAUGAAUUUUCUAGACAACAUGAAUACAUUGAUAAAGUUAAUGAAUUGAGUGAAAGAAUAACUGAUUUACCAUCUGACGUUAAUUUACAACAACCAGGUAGAAUUUAUCAAAAAGAUGGUAUUGUAUUAGCAUUAUUUAAAAAGAAAUUUGUUCCUUGUCAUUGUUUAUUAUUUUCUGAUGUAUGCAUAUUUGCACAAUAUAAAGAAGCUAUGUUAUCUAAAACAUUAAGUAAGAAAUUUACAUACAAAACUCAUUUUAAUGUAAUUGAUAUGAAGAUUGAAGAAGUUAAAGAAGAAGAAAUGCCCAAAACAAAAGAAGUUACAGCAGAAACUACUUUAAAAAUUACUUCAGGUAAGAGUCAUAUUUUUAUUGGAUUAAGGAGUAAAGCAGAUAAAGACGAUUGGUUUAAAAUAUUUGAAAUAGCUUACGAAAAAGCAGUAGAAAGAAAGAAAGUCUUUGAAGAUAAAGCAAUUGAAGCAUCUAAACAAAAAGCUGAAGUUGCUAAAAACAUGUUAGAUAUUAAAUAUCAAUCAUUAAGAACAACCCAAACAAGAAAAUGGUCAGAAAGAGGUAAAAGUGUAGCUCAAAUGAGUUGUGUAGAAAAAUGGAGAUUAGCUCAAGAAGCAAAACAAAGUAUGGCAGAAGCAGCAGCUCAUUCUAGAGUAAACAGUUCAAUCGAUAUGACUGUAUCAACUCCAGUUUAUUCAAAACAACAUUUAUCAUCUGAAAGUAAUAUAUCAGAAAAUCUUGUUCAAUCAGUUUCAAUUCCUUCAUCUCCAAAACCAGAUAUUAAAUGA